UUUUUUUCCCGCCUUCCCCAGUGUCUCUGCGAUAUUUCCCUACCUCCAAUUUUGUUUCCGACAGCUCCACUCCGACGUGGACAAGGGCGACGGCAAGGUGAAGUACGUGCUGUCGGGCGAGGGCGCCACCUCCAUCUUCACCAUCGACGAGAACACGGGCGACAUCCACGCCACCAAGCGGCUCGAUCGGGAAGUGCAGGCUUACUACACGCUGCAGGCCCAAGCCGUGGACCGACUCAGCAACUUGCCCGUAGAGCCCCGCUCCGAGUUUGUGGUCAAAGUGCAGGACAUCAACGAUAAUGAGCCCAAGUUUCUUGACGGGCCCUACUUGGCUGGAGUGCCUGAGAUGUCCCCGCUAGGAACGAUGGUGGUGCAAGUGGCAGCCACGGACGCCGACGACCCAACGUACGGGAACAGCGCCAGGGUGGUAUACAGCAUCGUGCACGGGCAGCCCUACUUCUCCGUGGAACCCAAGACAGGUGUGAUCAGGACGGCUUUGCCCAACAUGGACCGCGAGACCCGGGACCAGUACGUGCUGGUCAUUCAGGCCAAAGACAUGGUGGGCCAGAUGGGCGGCCUCUCGGGCACCACGUCCGUCACCGUCACGCUCACUGACGUCAACGACAACCCGCCUCGCUUCCCUCACAAGGUCAACCAGUACACCGUCCUGGAGUCUCUUCCCGUGCAGUCGGUGGUGGCCCGGAUCAAGGCGGCCGACGCCGACGUAGGCCCCAAUGCCGAGAUGGACUACCGGAUCAUGGACGGCGACGGGGCCGGCGUCUUCAACAUCACCACAGACGAGAACACGCAGGAAGGAAUCCUCCUCCUUUUAAAGCCUCUGGACUUCGAAAGCAAGGGCAGCUUCUCUCUGCGGGUCGAGGCCACCAACAGGAACAUCGACUCCAACUUUCUGAACUUGGGCCCUUUCAGCGACACCACCUCGCUCAAGGUGACCGUGGCGGACGUAGACGAGGUGCCCGUCUUCGCCUCGCCUCUCAGCAGGAUGUCCGUCUCCGAGGACGCCCGGGUGGGCACGUCCAUCGGGAGGGUGUCGGCGCAUGACCCGGACACCUCCAACAGCGGCAUCCGGUACUCCAUCGACCGCAACACGGACAUGGAGCGCUUCUUCAACGUGGACGCGCUGAGCGGCGUCAUCAGCACGGCCAAGCAGCUGGACCGCGAGGCCAACUCGGUGCACAACCUCACCAUCCUCGCCAUCGAAAGUCAGGACCCCAACCAAAUUGGCAGAGGCACGGCCAUCAUCAACGUGCUGGACGUCAAUGACAACGCGCCCGUCUUCGCCAUCGACUACGAGAGCCUCGUGUGUGAAAACGCGCUGCCGGGCACGGUUAUCCAGACAGUGAGCGGCGUGGACAAGGACGAGCCUCAGAGCGGCCACCGCUUCUUCUUCUCGUUGGACGCUGCCGUCGCCGCAAAUCUCAACUUCACCCUGCGGGACAACAAAGAUAACACGGCAUCCAUACUGACCAAGCGAGGCGGCUUCCGGAGGCGUGAGCAGCCGGCGUACCGGCUGCCCGUGCUGAUCGUGGACAGCGGCAGCCCGGCACUGAGCAGCACCAACACGCUGUCGGUCCGCGUGUGCGAGUGCGACGCCGCCGGCGCGCCCCUGUCGUGUGGCGCCGUGGCCUACACGGCCACCGGCCUGAGCACCGGCGCCCUCUUGGCUAUCUUGGGAUGCAUCCUCACGCUGCUGGUGAUGGUCCUUCUCAUCGUGACGGUGCGUCGGCGGCGGAAGGUUCCGCUCAUCCUGGAGGAGGAGCGCGACAUCCGGGAGAACAUCGUCCGCUACGACGACGAGGGCGGCGGCGAGGAGGACACGGAGGCCUUCGACAUGGUCACCUUGCGCAACCUCAACGCCAUCCGCGACCCGGCCGUGCGGCGGGACGUGACGCCGGACACGCCCACUUUCUUCCGCUACGCGUCUUCCAGCGCGACGGCGGCGCGGCCGACCUACAAGUCACUCCCGGACAACGUGGUGUUCCGCGAGUUCAUCUGGGAGCGGCUGAAAGACGCCGACGUGGACCCGUCGGCGCCGCCUUACGACUCGCUGCAGACGUACGCCUUCGAGGGCAGCGGCUCAGUGGCCGACUCGCUCAGCUCGCUGGAGUCGCUCAGCGCCGACUCGGACCAGAACUAUGAUUACCUCAGCAACUGGGGGCCCCGCUUCAAGAAGCUGGCCGACCUGUACGGCAACGCGGACGGCGGCGGCGGCGGCGGCGCGAGCGGAGGAGGAGGAGUAGGAGGCGUCUUCCCGAAGCCUUUGAACAUCGGCGGACGACACUGACGGAUGAGACGAUUUAAGUCGGGGAGAGAUUCAAAGACGAGACGCAAGGAGUCGAGCGAAAGACUCUUCAAAAAGCUUUGGGGUUUUGCUUACCGCCUUUGGAUGGACACGCCUUCAAAUGGGGCGACGACGUUGCAAGAUUUCGCUGCGGUACAGCGAGCAGGAGGGUGCGUGAUGGCGCUAACUGUCCUCCCUGCCAUCCUUUCGCGAUCUAAAAAAAAAAAAAAAAAAGAGAGAGAGAGACGAUCACCAGGCAAAAAUGUGUCCUAGUUUGUCUUGAACAGAAGUUCAGUCAACCGGACUCUCGACGGUUGAGUCCAGAUGCCUCAAUUCAACUCUGGCAAACGACCGAGACUUUACACAAACGUCCACCACUCCCAAAAAGUUUCCAGGUGACAUUUCAGGAAGAACCUUCGAGGCGCGCCAAGAACCUUUUCCCAGCUCAACUUUUGAACGCACACGCCCCGACUGUUCCGAGCAGCAUUUGGAACCUGCGUUCCGAAGUUGAAAUCAAAUUGAUCGCGCACUUGAGGUUCAUCCUGAAACUUGCGGUGGGUAAUAGAAGUUUGUCUUGUUUUGAUGGAGGGGUGGGUAGGGGGUCUCAAGAUAGCCGAGCAACAUGCUAAGGAAGUGAAGCAAUCAAAAGAGUGACAAGUUUGAUGUCUCACACCUCGCGAUGUUCAAUUGUCGCAUUUGUCCUGUUUGUUUGUUUGUUUUCAUAUUUAAUGAGUUUCCUGUCAGAGACAAAAACAAGCCUACUUGGCUUUGCAAGUUUAAGACGGGCUUGUUUUGUUUUGGGGGGAGGGGGGGAGGGGGUGGACACCAUUCUUAUUGCGCUUGAUUGUGACACUGACACCACUUAGACGCUUAGGGGACGAAGAGUGCCAGUCGUACGCCAGCAAGGUGCAACUUUGAAGUUUUUGCUUCUGUAGUCCAGCAUAUAUUGGUCACCUGUAUUAAUGGAACACAAAAUGUAUGAUAAUCAUGUGGUUUUCUUUUUAUCCCCCCCCCCCACACACACACACAGACUCACACACACUUUCACGUACAACUGAAUUGGGUGUUGCUAUUUAUUUUCAGCAGGCAAGAUUGUGACUUUUUAUUCUGUCUUUUUUUUCAUGAAAUAAAAUUGAUACAAAGUCAAA